GACGCUUUUGGACUACUGGGAAGGAGGGAGGGGCGAUUUCCGGCAGGAGCUGUGAUUACAGUAAUUAAAUGUGCCAUAAAGAAACUAGUGAUUUAAUGGGAGCACAAUAAAAGGGGGCUACAAUUAUACUGUGUCUGAAAGGAAUUUGUGAUCUCCAAGAAGCAUGGGGAACAGUGCCUUCAAAGCCCACCUUGAGACUGCACAGAAAACAGGAGUGUUCCAGUUGACAGGCAAAGGUCUAACUGAAUUUCCAGAAGAUCUGCAAAGACUAUCUGGAAACCUGCGGACAAUUGACCUUUCCAGCAACAAGAUUGAGGCAUUGCCCCCAAUGGUGGGGAAAUUUAACCUUCUAAAGAGCUUGACUCUCAACAACAAUCGGAUCAGUAGGCUUCCGGAUGAGCUUUGCAGACUCAAAAAGCUUGAGACCCUGCACCUCAGUGGGAACCAGAUUAGCCAAAUACCAGCUGACUUUGUGCAGCUCUUAGCCUUGAAGACUUUAAAUCUUUCUGGCAACCAGCUGAGAACUCUGCCAGCACAGCUCUGCAAACUGAGAAACCUGGAUGUGGUAGAUCUAUCAAAAAAUAGGAUCCAAGCCAUUCCUGAUGAAGUCUCUGGACUGCAGGCCAUAGAGCUAAACCUUAAUCAGAAUCAGAUAUCACAGAUCUCAGUGCAUAUUUCCCACUGUCCACGUCUGAAGGUGCUCCGUCUAGAAGAAAAUUGUUUAGAGUUGAGUAUGUUGCCUCAGAGCAUCCUCGGUGAUUCACAAAUCUCUCUGCUGGCUGUGGAAGGGAACCUUUUUGAAAUAAAGAAACUCAGAGACCUGGAGGGCUAUGACAAGUACAUGGAGAGAUUUACAGCCAUUCGGAAGAAGUUUGCUUGAAGGGGUUGACAGAGAGCAGUGACAAUGUACCUGCUGAUGCACAGGCAUGCUCUGAAUAUAUAGAGCUAGCUAGAUGUGGACCACAGCUACCCCAGCAAGAGCUUUCAUAUGGAACAAAGGCACAAGAGACUGGAAGGCACUGAUGACAAGGAUGUGUGCCUCUCAGGCCACUAAACACAUUGCUUAUGACUGAUUUGUGAAUCACCAUGUUUUACAAAUGUAUAAAUUUGUUUACAAAUGCUAAAUUAGAUCAUAAAGAUGCAGGUGAACAUAUGUAUAUGCAAGGCUUUUUGUUUUAAAAGAACACUAACAGAAUUGUAAUCCGCUACUGCUACUUUGAAAUAUACUCAGGCAGUGUAAAUGGUUAAAGGACCAGUAACUUAAAAAAAAAUAACAUUUUUCAAUUUGAGGUUUUUUUUCCAGUAGAGGUACAUUUAUUUAAGUUGUAAGCCCUGCUCUUUUUUUUCUCCUCAAAAGAUUUGUGUAUAUAAUAUAUAUUUUGUAACUUGUUCCAGAAAAUCCUAUAAACUAUUAUUUAAAUUAAAAUAUAGCUUCUGAGAGAGAUGUAACAUUUUUUAAAGUACAGGCUGAGUACAGACUGUGUGUUUUUGCAGAUUUUAGUAAAAUAGAAAGAAGAAUUUAAGAGAAUUAAUAUGACCAUAAAAUGGCUGAUCCACUAUGGUAACCAACCAUUCUGCCUACUUAACAGACAAAUACUCAACAUGGGAACUACAGGAGAGAAGGUCUGGCCCCUCUUCACUUUAUUUGCUAAUGUACUGUGCAGCAGCUGGCAUGGUGUGCAGUGGCAGAUAAGAUUUUGACACGACACAAAUCAUCUUUAAGGGGCCAUACACAUUAAAGAGAUACUGACACCAGAAAUGAAACCUUUUUUUACAUCUGUCAUAACAUUGUCUUUGCAGGCUAUUUAUAAUUUUGCCAUAAAAGUAUUUGUCCAAGCUUUUACAUUCCCUAUCUGAUCCCCCAUGUUCCUUUAUAAGAGGGCUGCCAUAUUUGUGCAGGAGGAGGCCGUUAGCAUUAGAAGCUAUAACUGACAGGCUGAGAAGGGACAGUCAGGUUGGGGGUUUCAAGUAACAAUUACUUACAAAAGCAGCCAUAUCAGCAAAAAAUGAUCAACACGACCUAUGGGCAACUUUUUAUUUAGAUUUGUAUUUUAAAAAGUUGUUUUUUUUUCGUGUCAGUAUCACUUUAAGGUUCACUUGUUUGGAAAGGUUGCCAAACGGGCGUAUCUUCUUCCGAUAUGCCCACCUAAGGUGGGCUAAUUUGAUAGUAUGGACCUAGGGCCAAAUUAUUGAAUUUGAAUAUAUAGGCCCUCUGGCCAAGGGCUGCAUCAAUGGGCCAAUGCGGUGCCUAUAUGAUGGGAAAAUCCGACCUGCCCAAUCGACACCUGGACAAUUUUCGGCCAGAUAUUGAUCAGCGAGGCCCGUCGGGGGGACUCUUACAUGGACAGAUAAGUUUCCCAGUCAGUCUAAAGUACUCAAAUUGGCUGCUUACAUAUGCCCGUGUAUGGCCACCUUUAGGUUAUGCUGUGAUCAAGUCUGUUGUAACUGACCUCCUACAUGCCAGGAUCGAUGUAUGGUCAAAACUGGCCAAACCAACCAAUCAAAUUUGGCCAUGGAUAGCAGGCUUAAGAGUUAUAGUUCAACCAUUCACAGGAGGGACAUUUAUAUUAAUUUCAAGUGAUAAAUUCAAAUUCAUAUCUUUGGUUUCACCUCUAAAACACAUACUCCAGUUAUGUAAUAGAGAAGCUGAAAUUCAUUGUACCUAUGAUGGGAAUUAAUAAAGAUCCCAAUUACUGUGUAA